AUGGAAGUCUUUCGGAUUGACCCCACUUCACCCUUCAAUGCAUUCCGGAACCCUGGGCUCGCAAUAAGCGACCAGCCCGGCGGCCUUUUCUUCUGGCUUCAUCACGCAAACUUGGGAAAAGCAUCGCCAACGGAGGAAUAUGCAAUACGAAAAUGUCGCGAAGAAGAUCUUGAAUGGCUUGCAUCACAAGUGCAUUCAAGUCAGGAAUGGGAAGGCGCUGUGGCGCAAAAUUUGAUCACGGACGUUGUAUCUAUAUCGUUGGCAUAUCUUACCGGCCAAAGGUUUUUCUUCGACAGCCCAGGGAUAUUGAUUACUGGGCCCAGCAAUACUGGAAAGUCAGCACUUGUCUGUAACUACAUCAUGUCGAUAGGAGACACGGGGUAUUUACCUGUGGCACAUAAGAAGUUCGACUACGUUUUCUGGAUCGAAUGUGGGCAGAACCAACAUCUCAACCUAGCCUUUCAAAAGCUGGCAAAGCAGCUUGGUCUCGUGGACGAGGAGAAGCCUACACUGGAUUUCGUUCCUCUAAGAGAGAAGCUCAGGAAUUGGCUGGCCAAUCCGGUACACCCUAGAUCGGAACCACGAGUUAAGUGCACUUGGCUCAUGGUAUUUGAUGACUUGCAGAAUAAUGGAAACUGGUUUUAUUUCUGGUGGCCACCUCGCGCCCCUGGGUGCACAGUCAUUACUACGACUCGUCAGAGCGACCUCGGGGAUAUCUUUGUUUUCAAGUCGAAGCGCAGUCUAUGA